AUGUCGUCGGCAUCACCGGAAAGACCCUCGCGGCGGGCGGCGGCACGUAAAAAGAUCGUGGUCGAGGAGGAUGGCAGUUCAGAUGUUGAAAACAGUGUUGCCAGCCGGCAGCAGGAAGACGAAGAGGAAGAGUUCACGCCUGCGCCCGCUAGAUCCACGCGAUCACCCAGACGGAAGACAACGACUACCACCGAAGCGACAACACCGAGACGGAAGACAGCCGCGAAGAGACAGACCAGAGCCAGCGAGUCCGUCGAACCGACACAGAUCUUCAGCCCGCCAGAAAGCGUAGCGGAUGAGCCUCUGUCACCAACGAAGAAGUCGCCGCCAAAACGAAGAAGCGCGACGGCAGCGCGAGCAGCGCGGAAGAGCCGAGUCUCGGGCAUCUCGAUAGUAUCGGAUGCGCCUGACUUGUCGCAAGCAUUGCCCACACCGCAGCCAUCCGUAUCUCCAGCCCCGCAGUCGCGGCAGGGCACGCCGCUUACCGACAUCACGGAGUCGACGCUGAACGAGCAAACACCUAAAGCGGCCGAGCGACACUUGACCCCACCUGAAGAUGCGACCGAGGUGACCGAGAACCUGCCGACGCCAAAGAAGGAAAUCAAGAUGGAGGUCAAGAAGGUCGAUGCGCAGACAACAAAGCUGGAUAGACCAAUGGACAUUAUCGUCAAGACCAGAGCGUUGGGUAUACCGCAGACGCAGGAGCCUGCUGAGGCAAAGCCACGCAUGACCAUUACCUACCUGAUCUUGACCAACUUCAAGUCGUACGCUGGGCGGCAGGAAGUUGGGCCAUUCCACUCUUCGUUCUCGUCAGUGGUCGGACCGAACGGAUCUGGAAAGUCUAACGUUAUUGACUCGCUCUUAUUCGUCUUUGGCUUCAGAGCGAGCAAGAUGCGGCAAGGCAAGAUCUCAGCGCUCAUCCACAACAGUGCGCAGUUCCCAGACCUGGACUACUGCGAGGUGGAAGUCCACUUUCAGGAGGUCAUGGAUCAGCCAGGCGGCGGUUCGACUGUUGUUCCGGAUUCACAACUCGUGGUCGCGCGAAGGGCUUUCAAGAACAACAGCAGCAAGUAUUACAUCAACAACAAGACAUCCGACUUCACAACGGUGACAACGAUGCUGAAGGGCCGGGGUAUCGAUCUCGACCACAAGCGCUUUCUGAUCUUGCAGGGAGAAGUGGAGUCGAUUGCUCAGAUGAAGCCAAAGGCCGCGGGUGAGCACGAUGAUGGCUUGCUUGAGUAUCUGGAAGACAUUAUCGGCACUUCGAAGUACAAGAGUCCGAUCGAUGAAGCAGCAGCCGAGACGGAGACACUCAACGAAGUAUGCUUGGAGAAGAGCAACCGCGUGCAGCACGUUGAGAAGGAGAAGAAUGGCCUUGAAGACAAGAAGGACAAGGCCCUUGCGUACAUCCGGGACGAGAAUGAUCUGGCUUCAAAGCAGUCUGCGCUGUAUCAAAUCUACGUUGCGGAAUGUGGAGACAACGUACAGGUCACCGACGAAGCCAUAGGCCAAAUUCAGGAACAGCUGAACGAAGAGCUGCAGAAGCACCAGGGGAGCGAGGGCGACAUCGAGCGGAUGAAGAAAGAAUAUAGCAAGGGCGCGAAGGAAUGCGAGAAGCGUGAGAAGGCCACCCAAGAGAUCUUGAAGGAGAUUGCGAAACUCGAUAAGGAGACUGUGAAGGUUGACGAGAAGAAGAAGCAUCUCGCAACCAAGAUCAAGAAGCUGGAGAAGACGUUGGAGACUUCGAACUUCGGCAUUUCUGAAUCGGAGACAUUGGCAAAGAAUGCGACGCAGGACGUCGAACGUAUUACCAGCGAGAUCGAAGAGCUCGAGCAGGAGAUGCAGGCUGAGGACCAAGAGCUCGCAAAGAUACGUGACACCCUGAAGGGCAAGACGCAGGGUUUGAGCGACGAGAUCGCCGCAAAGCAGAAGCAGCUGGAGCCCUGGAAUGCCAAAGUCAACGAGAAGCAGUCCGCAAUGGCUGUGGCGCAAAGCGAGCUUGACAUUCUCCGAGAGCGUGAGACUGCUGGUGCCACGGCCGUUGCUGAGGUCGAGGCGAAGAUUGCCAGCUAUCAGGAGCAGCGAGAAUCGAAGGCCGUUCAACUCGAUCAGUGCAAGAAAGAGCGCAAGUCGACCGAGAAACAGGUCCAGCAUGUCCAGAAGCAGGUCGACGAGCUUGCUACGAAGGAGCCGGCUAUGAAUUCCAAACUCUCCGGCUCCAGGCAGAAAGCAGACGAGGCUCGAGCAAGUUUGGCUGCGACUCAGAGCCAAGGCAAUGUGCUUAGCAGUCUCACUCGCUUGAAGGAGUCUGGGCGAAUUGAUGGCUUCCACGGCCGAUUAGGCAAUCUUGGUGCGAUCGAUCAGAAGUACGAUGUGGCGAUCUCGACUGCGUGUCCAGCGCUGGACAAUCUUGUGGUCGACACAACUGAGGUCGGACAGCAAUGUGUGGAAUAUCUGCGGAAGAACAACCUUGGACGAGCGCAAUUCAUCCUGCUCAACCAGCUCGCCCAACGGGACCUCUCACCGAUUGAGACACCCGAAAAUGUCCCUCGAUUGUUCGACCUGGUCAAGAGCAAGCAUGAGCGCUUCAGGCCUGCGUUUUACUCUCUGCUGCAAAACACUCUUGUGGCCAAGGACCUUGACCAGGCCAACCGCAUCGCAUACGGGGCCAAGCGAUGGCGAGUCGUUACACUGGACGGCCAGCUCAUCGACAAGUCCGGUACCAUGAGUGGUGGUGGCACGAAGGUUGCCAAAGGUGGCAUGUCCUCGAAGCUUGCUGCGGAUACCAGCAAGGAACAAGUGGCCAAGCUUGAAAUCGAUAGAGAUGCACUCGAACAGGAAUACUCACAGCUACAGGAGAGCCUGCGGGAUCUGGAAACGCAAUUGAAAGAGCUUCAGGACCAACUACCGAAGCUCGAGACCCAGGCACAGAAACUUGCACUGGAACUCGACAGCAUUGAGCGGAACAUCGCUGAUGCUCAGAAGCGGAUUCAGGAGCUGUCCGAAGAAGCCCAGCCCUCAAAGUCGGACAAGCACAAGGUUGGCGAUCUCGAGAAGAGCAUCGCUAAGAUGCAGAAGGAGAUCGAGAAGUUUCAGUCAGAAUCUGCCGGCAUUGAGGAUGAUAUCAAGGAGCUGCAGGACAAGAUCAUGGAGAUCGGUGGUGUGAAGCUGCGCGGCCAAAAGGCGAAGGUCGACGGGCUCAGGGACCAGAUCAACCUGCUGAACGAGUCCUUGAGCACCGCUGAGGUCGCCAAGACCAAGGCAGAGAAGCAGGGCAAGAAGCACGAGAAAGCAAGCACCGACGCCUCCGCCGAGCUUGAGAAGGUCCGGGCAGAUCUCGACAAAGUGGACGAGGAUGCCAACAACCAGAACACAGACAACUCUGGCUUCCGUAAGCAAGCGGAGGAAGCGCGGCGAGACCUGGAGUACAAGAAGGAGGAGCUUCAAGAACUAAAGGCGCAACUUGACGCUCAGGAAGCCGAACUCAACGAGACCCGAGCAGUCGAGGUCACCAUCCGGAACAAGCUCGAAGACAACCAGAAGAUCCUCCUCGACAACCAAAAGCGGCUCAAGUACUGGGAAGAGAAGCUCAGCAAGCUUGCCCUCCAAAACGUCACGGAGGAAGGCGAGGAGAAAGAACCCGAACCCAUGCCUGAGCUCAGCAGAGACGAGCUCGCGGAUCUCGACAAAGAAGAUCUCAAAGCCGCCAUCGCCACCCUCGAAGAACGCACCUCCACGCACGUCGAGCUCGCCGUCCUCGCCGAGUACCGACGCCGGGCCAACGAACACGCCACCCGUCUCGAAGACCUCACCACCGCCCUCACAGCUCGCGACAGCGCCAAAAAGCGCACCGAUGACCUGCGCCGCCUCCGUCUCGAAGGUUUCAUGGAAGGUUUCUCAGCCAUCUCCAUGCGACUGAAGGAGAUGUACCAAAUGAUCACCAUGGGCGGGAACGCAGAACUGGAGCUCGUGGACUCGCUGGAUCCUUUCUCGGAGGGGAUUCUGUUCAGCGUGAUGCCACCGAAGAAGAGCUGGAAGAACAUCUCGAACUUGUCGGGUGGGGAGAAGACGCUGUCGAGUUUGGCGUUGGUGUUUGCGCUGCAUCAUUAUCGGCCGACGCCGUUGUAUGUGAUGGAUGAGAUUGAUGCUGCAUUGGAUUUCCGGAAUGUAUCCAUCGUCGCGGCGUACAUCAAGGAGCGCACAAAGAAUGCGCAGUUCAUUGUCAUCUCGCUGCGGAACAACAUGUUUGAGCUUGCGUCGAGGUUGGUGGGCGUUUAUAAGGUGAAUCAUAUGACGAAGAGCGUGACAGUCGAGAAUCGCGAUUAUAUCACCGCUCGGGCGUGA